AUGGAGGUGAGCGAGAAUCUUAAAAGUGAGCCUGAAGCAGUAAAGACAUCAACUUCGAACGCUUGGGACCAACUAGCGCCAACGCAGAUGAACAGUGAGGUGCUUAUUGAACGAACGUUUAGAACUCGUUCAAAAUCAGUUUCUCAUUCAAUAAGCACUCACCAGACUGCAAAGUUAAACUGUGCUACUGAAGAUGAGAUUUCGCUUGUUACUACUGAAGUGCAAUCUUGGGAGACUACUUUAGAAAAAGCUAUUAAAGCAAUUAUUUCGAUCAAAGCCAACCACGUAAGAAGUUUUGAUACUGAGACUUCAGGCGAUUAUUCAGCUACAGGUUUUAUCGUUGACGCUGAAAGAGGUCUGAUCCUCUCAAACCGUCAUGUAGUUUCACCAGCCCCUAUCGUAGCUCAGGCUGUUUUUACUAAUUAUGAAGAAGUAGAAUUAAAACCUAUAUACCGCGAUCCAAUUCAUGAUUUCGGUUUCCUUAAAUUUGAUCCUAAAAAAGUAAAAUUUAUGGAUCUUGUUCAAAUACCUCUAAGUCCGGAAAGAGCAAAAGUAGGAUUAGAAAUUAGAGUCGUAGGUAAUGAUGCUG